GAUGUUGAACCACACAGUCGCCACAGAGUUCGCAAUUCAUCAAGGAUUCAAGUGGAAGAGAGGAAAGACGAACAUAUUAUUCCUACUAGGAUUGUUGUUUUGAAGCCAAACCUUGGGAAAAUUCAGAAUGCUGGCACAUCUUUAUCAUCACCAGAUCUUUCACACAAUUAUCAACCUGGCUUCAAGAAAAUCAAGGAAUAUACAAAUGUUGGUAGUGCUGCAACAGUGUUACGAAGAAGGAAAGACUCAUCUCAUAAUGCAGGAUUAUCAAAGUCCAUGUCAAAAGAAGCUAGAGAAAUAGCCAGGGAAAUUACGAUGAGAAUGAGAGAUGGCUGUGAUGAGACCACAGAUGCAAAAUCUACUGCAUACAGAGGAUAUGUGGGAGAUGAGAGCUCAUACGAUGCUAAUGAAAGUGAUUCUGAUAGUGAGUCUGAGGUGUUCAGAUUAUCUGCUAGAAGGUCCUUCGACGAUAGUAGCAUGUGCAGAUAUCCAUCUUCUCAUUUAGGCGAAUCGCCUGUAAAUACGGAAGCAAAGAAGCGACUAUCUGAGAGAUGGAAGAUGACUCACAAAUAUCAGGAUUUGGAAAUGAUUAAUAGGGGCAGCACAUUAGGAGAAAUGCUUGCCUUGCCCAAUAAGGAAACUAGGCCCUGCCAGUCAAAUGUUAAGAUGAGUCCUGGCCGACCAAGUAAAGAACUUGGUAGUAAUGGAACUGCUAUUUUGGAUGUUCCUUUAGGUAUCAGCAGUAGGGAUGGAUGGAAGGAUGAAAUACGCAGAAACUCCUCUAGGUCGAGGUCGCUUCCUCCACCCACUGGUGGGAGAGGAAGAAGCCACAGAAGAAACCCCAAUAAUAAUAAGUUGGCUGAAGACAAAAGCAUGAUGCGUAGUGAUUCUGUACAUCGUUGUAGAAGUAAGGUUGUAAAGGGAAAUCUAAGUCACAGAGAAAAUUAUUUAGCUAAAGAUUCAAAGUCCAGGAGCAAGACGUCUCAUCCCUGUCAACACAUAUUUGCUAAUGAGAUAGACUCUUCGUCGGGAGCCAAUUUUGAGAUUCAGAUGGAACCAAACACCAAGGACUUAUCUGAACAGCAGCCCAUUUUUCCAAUGGCUGAAAAGGCUGACAAUUGUGAAGUCACUGUGGUUGAUGUAAUGAUGAUUUCAGAUCCUGGAAGCACAAAUAUGUCUUCUGAAUCUUCCGAGAUUCUUCCAGAGCAGUCACAUUCAACCAUAGCAAGUGACAAAGUUGCUGAUCAUAACCAAGAGGGUUCUAGUCUCCAGGAGCUGUACAAGGAAUCGCCUAAUCAAGGAUCUCCUCACUUGCAGAGCCUUAGAGCUGAGCCAGAAUCUUCUGAAAGCUCCAAGGAAGCCGACCAUCCUAGUCCAAUUUCAGUCCUUCCUAGUCCAAUUUCAGUCCUUGAUGUUCCUUGUAGCGAAGAUACGCCAUCUUCUGAAAGUUUUGAGAGAGUCAGUGCUGAACUUCAUGAACUGCGAAUGCAACUGAAACUCCUCAAGUUGGAGUCAGGCACAUAUGCUGAGACAUCGGCACUUGUUCCCAUCGAGGAAGAAGAAGCGCAACUAUCUCCGGUACUUUCUGAAGGAGACCAUGUCUUAGCAGCUGACAACUGGAGGACUUGUUAUGCUCUUGAUGUGCUGAUCGAGUCUGGUCUUGAGGAAUCCUACUUUCACAUGUUGAGGACAUCGUGGCACUCCUCAAAUAGACCGUUGGACCCCAAGUUGUUCGACAAGUUGGAGAAGAAAUACAAUGAUGAGACAAGCGGAUUGAGGUCGGAAAGAAGGUUGCUCUUCGACAAAAUAAAUGCAGCAGUGGUGGAGAUUUUCCAGCAGCGCGUGAAUGUGUGCCCCUGGGUGAUGCCAAAAGUGUUGGGGUCGAAUCUGCAAUGGCAGGGGGUUCAAGAUGAUCUUGAGAGAUUGAUCAACCAAGACUACGGCAGCGGUGAUGGAGAACUAGAUAGAGAGAUGCUGUGGUCAGAAUCUAGAGCAGAAAUCGAGGUAUUAGGUAAUGAAAUCGAGGGAUUGUUGAUAGAUGAGAUGAUAAUUGAGGUUAUAUGUAACUAAUGCGUAGCUUUUCAACUGAACUGGAAUAGGAUAGUUGGUAACAUAGGUAGAUGAAAAGCUUGGGGGUACAAGAAUUGAGAAUAAAUCUCAAAUUUAAUCUGAAGUUACAAGUGAUUAAGCAA